CCAAUUUGGAUAAUCUGGGAUCUCAUUCAUUCAUUCCGUUUUUAUUUCUGGUUCAUCCCCCAUUAUCGCCGGCAUUGUCAAUCUCAUGAUCAUUUCGUGCCAUUUCAUUUCUAAUUUUGUAAUCAAAAUCUCAAUCUUUGAUCUUAUCCGCAACAAUGAAGCUGGUGGUGCAAGUGAUGGGGGCCCGGGAUCUUCCGGCAAUGGAUCUCAACGGCCUGAGUGAUCCGUACGUGAAGGUGAAGCUGGGAAAGCAGAAGUUCAAGACCAAAGUGGUGAAGAAGACCUUAAACCCCUAUUGGGGAGAAGAGUUUGCGUUCCGAGUCGACGACCUCAGCGACGAGCUCCUCAUCUCUGUUCUGGACGAGGACAAGUACUUCAACGACGACUUCGUCGGCUGCGUCAAAUUCCCCGUCUCCCAAGUCUUCGAUUCCCACAACAAAUGCCUCGAUACUUGUUGGCACCCUCUCCAGCCCAAGAGCAAGAAGCCCAAGCACAAAGAUUGCGGCGAGAUUCUUCUUAAUAUAUCUUUCAUUACCAACAAUGCCUUCUCCGAUUCGGCUUCUGAGGGUGAUCAUUUUAGGAGGGACAGUGACGUCGGCGCUGAAUCACCCUCGAGGUCUUUCGUAUCCGAAACGGCUUCCCCUCAGAGAGGCAAGCUGGACGACAAGGAGGAAAAGGAAAAGAGUCUUGCCCAGAAAUCCCUUGCUGGUCGACUUGUUCAGAUGUUCAAUAAAAAUCCUGAUGUACCUGCGAUAUCUUCAACCCAUUCUAGCAAAACUGACUUGACUGAGCUUGUCGACAUUGCUGAGGCCACUUCCGAGGAUCACUCCGCUUCUGUUCCUUUUGAUGAACUGAUGAAGACAAUGCAGUCACGAGAGCAGCCUGCUGAAACCCCUGAGAACCUACCAGGAGGAGUGCUUCUGGAUCAAAUGUAUGUAACUGAACCCAAGCACCUCAACACUUUGAUCUUUUCGCCAGAUUCUACUUUUCCAAAGGCGCUAGCGGAUGUGCAUGGAACUACAGAGCUGGAACAAGGACCCUGGAAAUUUGAAAAUGACUGCUUGAAAAGAGUGGUUACUUAUGUUAAGGCAGCUAGCAAAUUAGUCAAGGCUUGCAAAGCAACCGAGGACCAACAAUAUCUCAAAGCCGACGGCAAGGUUUUUGCAGUUUUAGCUAGUGUAAGCACUCCUGAUGUUCCAUAUGGGAAAACUUUUAGGACGGAGUUGCUCUUCUGCAUCACACCUGGGCCUGAGCUGCCAUCAGGAGAACAAUGUACACGCUUUGUAAUAUCGUGGCGGAUGAAUUUCCUGCAGAGCACCAUGAUGAAAGGAAUGAUAGAAAAUGGAGCUAGGCAAGGUUUAAAGGACAGUUAUGAGCAGUAUGCAACUUUAUUAUCGCAGAACGUUAAGCCAGCUGAUUCAAAAGACCUUGGAUCCAAUAAGGACCAGGUUUUGGCAUCACUGCAGGCUGAACCUCAGUCUGAUUGGAAGCUGGCAGUACAAUAUUUUGCUAAUUUCACUGUGGUCUCCACAUUUUUCAUAGGAUUUUAUAUGAUGGUACACAUCUGGCUGGCUACACCCAGCACUAUUCAAGGCCUGGAGUUUGUUGGGCUUGACUUGCCAGAUUCACUUGGUGAAUUCAUUGUUUGUGGUGUCCUGGCACUUCAAGGAGAACGUGUGCUGGGUUUGAUCUCCCGCUUUAUGCAGGCCAGAGUGCAGAAAGGCAGUGAUCAUGGAGUCAAAGCUCGAGGAGAUGGUUGGUUGCUAACUGUUGCCUUGAUUGAAGGAAGUAAUAUAGCAGCUGUUGAUUCAACCGGGUUCUCUGAUCCAUAUGUGGUGUUUUCUUGCAAUGGAAAAACUAGAACUAGCUCAAUCAAGUUCCAAAAAUGUGACCCAAUGUGGAAUGAAAUAUUUGAGUUUGAUGCAAUGGAUGAGCCUCCUUCUGUGCUGGAUGUGGAAAUUUAUGAUUUUGAUGGUCCUUUCGAUGAAGCUACCUCUCUGGGCCAUGCUGAAAUCAAUUUUGUGAAAACCAAUAUAUCAGAUUUAGCUGAUUUGUGGAUUCCUCUUCAAGGAAAGUUAGCUCAGGCUUGUCAGUCAAAACUACACUUGAGAAUUUUCUUAAACAAUACAAGAGGAGGCAAUGUUGUUAAUCACUUUAUAAAUAAGAUGGAGAAGGAGGUCGGAAAGAAGAUUACUGUACGUUCUCCACAAACUAAUUCAGCAUUCCAAAAACUCUUUGGCCUUCCACCAGAGGAAUUUCUUAUCAAUGACUUCACAUGUCACUUGAAACGAAAAAUGCCCCUGCAGGGCCGCCUGUUUCUUUCUGCGAGAAUAAUUGGGUUCCAUGCAAAUUUAUUUGGUCGCAAGACAAAGUUUUUUUUCCUCUGGGAGGAUAUAGAAGAUAUUCAUAUUGUUCCUCCAACUCUGUCAUCUAUGGGUAGUCCAACUAUAGUUAUGACUCUGCGGCAAGGUAGAGGUAUGGAUGCAAGGCAUGGUGCAAAGACACAGGAUGAGGAAGGCAGGCUGAAGUUCCACUUUCAGUCUUUUGUAUCCUUCAAUGUAGCAAACAGGACAAUUAUGGCCCUAUGGAAGGCUAGAUCUUUGAGUCCCGAGCAGAAGGUGCAAAUAAUAGAAGAAGAAUCGGAAGUCAAGAGCCUCCAAACUGAUGAGAGUGGGUCUUUCUUGGGCCUUGAUGAUGUCAGCAUGUCUGAGGUUCAUUCAUCCUCACAUGCAGUUCCUGCGAAUUUCUUCGUAGAGCUAUUUGGUGGAGGUGAUUUGGAUCGUAGAGUUAUGGAGAAAGCUGGAUGUCUUAACUAUUCUCAUACACCAUGGGAAUCAGAGAAGGGCGAUGUGUAUGUGAGGCAAAUAUAUUACAGAUAUGACAAACGUGUUUCCCAAUAUAGAGGAGAGGUGACCAGUACUCAGCAAAAAUCCUGCCUUUCUGAUAAAAAUGGUUGGCUUUUUCAAGAGGUCAUGACACUCCAUGCAAUUCCACUCGGUGACUAUUUCAAUGUUCACAUCCGAUACCAAAUCGAGGACACACCACCAGGGUGUCAGGUAAAAGUAUCCUUUGGCAUUGAGUGGCUCAAAAGCACCAAGCAUCAGAAAAGAAUUACAAAAAAUGUUCUCAAGAAUCUGCAAGAUCGCCUAAAGGUCUCUUUCGCUGUAGUUGAGAAGGAGUUCACAACAAGAUAGUGGGUUAUUUGGUGCAUUUCUGGAUUGUAGGCAUUCAUCUUUCUAUGGCCAAGCCUGGCAGAAGCAGCUUGACUGCAACACUUGUCAGGUUUGCUAUCAUCCAAAUCGUCUAACAGUUUUGGCAUGCAGAGGUGCAGUAGCAGUUAUAUGACAGGCUUGGUGUAUUUGAAGGUCCUAGUAUAUAUUUAGAUGCUCGUCUGUGUACCGAUGGCAAAGUGAAAAGGCAGGCAUAUUCUUGACUGGUGAAACGCUGUUUAGUGCCUUUUGGAAAAAGAAUCUGAUCUAGUUUUGGAAGCCUAGAUGACAGUUCCUUGUUAGGAAUAACUGAUGCAGAUGUGCAUUAACUUCGAUCAUCGGAUUGUGAAGGUAAAAGCCUCAAACCGUAAAGUAGAUACAGAAGCGGCAAUCUAGCAUUUUUUGGUCUUGCCAUUGCAGGCCAAACAGCAGUUCUGACUGUCAGUGAUGAUCAUUCUUUUAGAAUAGCUCAAACUCGAAAGGUAGUAUCAAUUGUAGUUUAAUGAGGUUGUUGAAACUUGUAUAAGAAAGUUUUGCAAUUGCUUAGUUUCUGUUAACUGAAGUAUAUAAAGAAAUAAUUAAAAUAACAUCUUUUUAUCAUAG